AUGACCACUACCGAGGCAACUGCGACUAAGCGACCCUCGUCCGAGGAGCUUACGGAGGCUACCUCUCCUAAGAAGCAGAAGACGACGACGACUGAGCAAGCCACCACUGGCCCUGCUGUUGCUGAUGUGAAGCGCCAGGUCGAAUAUUAUUUCUCCGACGAUAAUCUCAGACACGACGCCUUCUUUCACAGGAAGAUUUCGGAGGACCCUGAGGGUUGGCUGCCUGCUGAUCUCGUUCUCUCAUGCAACAAGAUGAAGCAGAUGCAUUGCACCGCUGAGAACAUCGAGCAUGCUUUGGCGGAGGGCUCCCACCUCGAGCUCAAGAAGGACAACGACAAAUUGUUCAUCCGUAGAACAACUCCUCUCCCUACGUUGAGUGCUCCCAAGGGCAAGAAAGGACCGGCCGGUCGCUCCCAGCUUAAAAAUGUUACCGUACAUGAUGGUGGCGUUGUCGUGGCAGUGAGGGACAUUCCUGAGGAGGUAGAAUGGCCUAACAUUAAGAAAUCCCUUGAGGAGAUCGUGAAGGAUAAGGUUGAUGACCAUGAAGGAAAUGUGGUUACCUUUGCUACCUCUGUUGAUAAGGAUAAGCGAUCUUGUUACGUCCUUAUGAAGCCUUUCGAUGACGACGUGCAGUUCUUCAGUGACCUCAAAUUCAAGGUGACUCCCUUCGCCGAUAAGGCGGCCGAGGCUGCUGCCUCUAAGGCUGGAGAGGAGAAGCCUGAGGGUGAGAAGGCUGAAGCGAGCGCCUCUACUGAGGAGACUCCCAAGGAAUUCGAGCUCAAGACCGAUGUCGUCUACGGCAUCGCAUUGAAGGAUGCUCUGAAGCGUCUCCCGGCUCAUGUGCUCCGCAAGAGGGAGUCUCGUGCUAAGGACCGUGCGCGAUCCCGCAACAAGCCUAUCAUGCUCGGAACUCAGCGCUAUAACAAUGUCCAGACCGCGAACAAUCGCGUGAGGGACGUGCUCAGGAGCCGCAAGGCUGGCCAAGAGCUGAAGCAGGGCACUCCUGAUUACGAGCUCAUCGAAGCGGUCCUCAAGUUCCACCCUUCGGCGGAGCGUAAGCUUGCUGGGAUGACGGGCAUCAAGGUAGACGUCAGUCCCUAUGGAGAAACUCACUGCUUCUAUGUUAUGAGAGAGAAUGGCGAGUCUGAGGAUAUCUCGGUGGUGAAGUGUUUUAACAACAUGCAACAGAACCCUCCUUAUCUCAAGGAAGAUGAAGCCGCUGUGAAGAAGGAAGCCGCGCCCGCCGAGGAGAAGUCAUCUUAGGCUGGUUGAGAGAAAAAUGCUCCUGGUAUUGCCCGAGCAGAAUGCGUCACCUCUUUACCAAGCAGUUGUGGUUGCUCGUCUAGAUUAACGUCUCUGAGGACGUCCGGUUACUCUUCUAUACGUACGUAUCUG